ACGUCAUUUACUUAAUGAUAAUAUUAAUUUAAAAUAACCUUUAAAUUCUUUAAAUAUCCUAACAAUUAUAUAGAUUAUUCAAACUCAAUAAAAAUUUUAUAAAUGACGAGUUAAUGAUUAUAAUAAUUAAUGGCAAAUUAAAGGCAAAUUAGAAAUAAAGACUAAACUCAAAAAUCUACAAAAGCUCUAUCCAAAACCAUGCAACCCAAUAAAUCUAAAAUAAGUAUUAAUAAUUUUAAGAAAAUCAAAAAACUAGGCCAAGGAACAUAUGGUUCAGUCUUCUUAGUUGAAUAUUAAUCCAAAUCAUUUGAUAUGAAAGAGAUUGACAAAUCAAGUAUUCAAAAGUAAAUUAGUAAAAUUCACAUUGAAUCCAAAAGACAAUUCUAUAAUAAUAUAAAGGUAAUCCUUGUCGAAUAAUAUAUACAAUUUAGGAUGAUAAAUAUUUGUACUUGAUUGCCAAUUUUGUGAAGUUAGGAGAAUUAUUCUUUCAUCUUAAGAAAAGCAGAUCAUCUCUUGAAGUUUGGAUGUUUAAUCAGCCUAAAUAUUCUUUGCCUUAGAUGAUUUUCUUAAUAGAAUAUCAUAUAUAGAGAUCUAAAACCAGAAAACAUUCUCCUUGAAAAAAAAGA